ACGCCAUGUUGGUUUUCAUCGAGGAGAGAGUUUGACGACGGUCCUGGGAGAUGGAAGGACUUGUCUGAAAUCUACUAUCAUCUGGUUUUAUAUGAUAAUUCACAUAAAAGGAUUGAUUGAAUGAAUGUCUACUAGCAAUAGGCCAUUACAGGGUCUGAGUUUUGGAUGGUAUUAAGACUCCGAGAGUCGAAAGAACGAAGCCAUUUGUGCCUAACCUGAAUUUUCCCUUGAGGGUAGUCGGAGAAGAAAGCCAGCGGAGGGGCCCAGUCACAGGAACUCCGGUGUGCCCUCUAAUUGCGAAAACCACAGCUUUAUCUCGUUUUUAUAGCGACAUAAUAUUGUCAACGGAAUGGCUUGUGGGGCUACUUUGAAAAGGACUAUGGAUUUCGAUCCAUUGAUGAACCAGGCGUCCCCCAAAAGGAGGAGAUGCACCCCAAUGUCUCAAGCUGCCUCAACAUCAUCACCCCAGAAAUAUCUGCGUAUGGAGCCCUCACCAUUUGGAGAAGUGUCGUCCAGACUCACAACCGAGCAAAUCCUGCACAAUAUCAAGCAAGAGUACAAGCGGAUGCAGAAGAGAAGGCACCUGGAGAACAGUUUUCAGCAGACCGAGGGCUGUUGUCCCCUGGAGUCACAACCCCAUAGCUCCAUCAUUAAUGGAUCCAGUCUGCCAGGAACAUCUUCUGGUGCCGUCUCCCCAUCAAGAAAAGAGCAACCUCUAUUUACUUUGAGACAGGUUGGGAUGAUCUGUGAACGACUACUCAAAGAGCGAGAGGAGAAGAUAAGGGAAGAAUAUGACGAAAUAUUGACAACAAAACUAGCAGAGCAAUAUGACGCUUUCGUUAAGUUCACUCAUGAUCAGCUAAUGCGGCGAUUUGGAGAGCAACCUGCUAGCUAUGUUUCCUGAGUGAAACCUCAUGUUUGAUGGAAUACCAAUUUCCCAUUUUAUUAUUGCUAAAAGCUCCCCAUCUGAUUCUCUGUCAACCGUAUUCUCCAGAGACUCAGGGGGUCUAGUUGGACUUGUAGCAGUGCCAUAUCUCCCCUGUGGGCUUAUGCUGCCAUGUUAGCUUCUCUGUGGCAACUACAUUCAUUUCAGCGACUGGUAUUUGUGCUGUGUCCCAAAUGGCACCCAAUUUACAACUUUUGACCAGCGCCCAUAAAGCUACGGUCAAAAUUAGUGCACUAUAUAGGAAAUAGGGUGCCAUUUUGGAUGAAGCCUUGGAGUGCUUCCUGCUGUCAACACAUAUAUGGACCUCUGCUACCUAUUACUCUACCAGUGGCCUCCGUUGUUUUAAUUGCUGUAUUGAUAUUUAUUAGGCCUUUUAUAAAGUGACCUGCCAUUCCCAACUCUGCUAACCUCGUCCCAGAUCUGUUUGUGCUCUUGCCAACUACAUUGCUGUCCUUGUCAAGCUAAGACAAUGAGUGACAAGGAGUUGGCAUUAUAGCCCAAAUAGUCUGGCACUCAGGCUACGACUCUGCCACCACACAUUAGAUUUAUUUUGUUCCAUAAACAUGUUUUUUUGUUGCAAAAAUGAUGACAAAUAACCUUUUUUAUAAAAUCAAUAUGUACAUUUGGGGGGAGGGGUGGUCCACUAUAAAAGAGCAGAUCAAUCAAGGUAGCUUCUGGACUGGACUCCAGGAGAGGGCAUCCUGGCAUUUAUCAGUUAUGAUUACAUUGUAAUGGUAAAUGGCCUAUGUACAUUAUGUAGUUUUGCUUGACCUUUGUUACAGUUAUCCUUUUUGUUCAUAAAAAAAAAUUUGACUUGGGUUGGGAAAAGUUCAUGAAUAAUAGGUUUACAUUAAAGGGUGUUCCGGUU